AUGAUCGUGCUGAUUGGGAAACUCAAGCGCGUUGAGAUUUUAACAAAGAAAUACGUGGAAGAGCGGAAAACUGAUGCGGCGCUGGUAAUGAGGGGUAGACCUGCCUGCGUGAUCCUUCCGAUCCUCCUCCACUUGUUUAAGCCCGUUUUGCGUCUGGGUCAUUCCGGGGGAUCACCUCCUGCCCUUUCUUUCUCUCCUAAACUGACAGCGUCCACCUCCACCUUUCUCCAUCCCCGUCACCCCCUACCGCCGCGGCCUCCUCUCUUGCUCAGUCCGAUUCAUGAUCGAUACAAGUACCAGCGAGAAUCACAUCCUGCGCAGAGAGAGAGCAUGACGGACGUCCAAGGCCUGCGGGGCCAGCUCGCGCAAGCAGCCGGGUCCGCACGUGUCGUGGUACGCUGUCUAAACGGCGGUCGCGAUCUCCAAGAGUCUUCGCAGCGCGCGAUAAUGCUCCUCGUCGACAUGCUAGACGCCCUAUACCGACUGAAAGACCAGAUGGGCGACACCGACAACAAGGACAAUAAAUGGCUCGUCCAGCCGCACCGGCUCGCCGCCCUCGCCGAGAUCCUCGAAUGUUUCGCGUCGACAAUGAAAUCUAUGGAGCUCUACUUUCAGCCUGGUGGGGUGGGGGUGACGUACUAUAGAAAGCAUUUGUUAGAGCGGACAUUUUUGGAGAGACUCGAGCAGUACAAGGUUAUGUUGUUGCUUUCCAUGCAGCCGGAUUCAAGUUGUACGCCUUCUGACGUUUUACGCAAAGGUCCGAAAGUCAACCUUCAGUUCGAGGAUCGCAUCCUUGGAAUUACGAGUCAGCUUACGACCGAGAACUUUAUUAUGCUUGCGGACCUAUACAACCGGCGAUUGAAGGGGACGGGGCAGUGGAUCUUCGAUGACGAGCAGUAUAAACGGUGGCUGCUGGGCGGUACUAAGACGUUAUACUGCGUUGGCCCGCCUGGUGCGGGAAAGACCUUUUUAUCAGCGGCCAUUAUAGAUUCUCUGCAAAGAACAUUUACGUCGCCUGAUGUCGCAACAGUAUUCAUUUUCUGUCAGGACGAGAGGCAGAGAGAACUGUCGACGCUUGAUAUACUCCAGAAUAUUCUCGCUCAACUUGUCUACCGCAAACGAAGUCUUUCGUACGCCUCAUCCUCCCUAUACCACUCCGAGUCCAUAAUGAAUGGGAAGGCUUCGCCGAAAGUUUACCAGAACGCCAUACGCGCCGAGGUAGAUCGGUUCUCGAAAGUCUUCUUCGUCAUCGAUGGAUUGGAUAUGCUUUCUGACAAAGAACGUCUUCUCGGCCGACUCCAGAAGCUACCAGACCAGGUACAACAUCUCGUCACCCUACGGGAGGUGAAUCACGUCUCGAGUGCUUCUCGCUUGACAGUACUAGCCCCAAAUACGGAUCUACAGCUUUACGCUAUCUCGAGGAUCGAGAGCGAUUCGAGCCUCGGUGACCUACUCAAGCGGAAGUCUACUCCGCAAAUGUACCAAGACGUUGUUAACAUGGUUGCAGAGAAGAGCCACGGAGUCUUUCUACUUGCGAAAAUACAUCUCGACCUCUUAGCUCGCUAUACUCACAAAAGCCUCUUUGAACGAGCCCUAAUACACCUUCCGCAAAGCUUGAGCGAAGCAUACGGAGAGGCGAUGAAGCAAGUCGUUAGUGAAAGCCCCAGGGCUGCUUCCUACGUCUAUUGGACUCUAUACGCGCAUCGUCCUCUCACCGUAGGCGAGUUGAAGUCCGCUACCAACAGCUCCGGCAGCCCGACUAACGACAAGUCGAUGAGCUUCGAGCAUUCGCUUCAGACCCAGACUGCUGGGAUUCUCACCGUCGAUGCUGUAUCUGGAACAGUCCGUUUUGUUCACAGGACAGCCAAAGAGUAUCUGACCGGUACUCCAUCGCGAGUCUUCUUCCCUUCGGCUCAGAAGGACAUUGCUGAAGCUUGCCUGACUGCCAUCACGCCGGAUGAAGUCGUUGAUGACUGCUACUAUAAUGGCGGGAACCCGCCGCGUAGUUCUAGUCGCGGAUUUCUCAGCUACGCUACGAGGUACUGGGGCUUCCAUGCACGCGAGGUACACGAAGAUGAGCAGACUAUCCAAGUGCUCAUCAAGACCUUCUUGAAUAAACUGCUGUGGAGACGCCCACCCUUGCAGGUCCUGACCAACGAACCGAAAAUUCCCUCUGAACUUGGCUUGGGGAAGUACCCGCAAGACUGGACGGCCCUCCACGUCCUUGCUUACUUUGGCAUCGUGAGCAGAUGCAGGCGUCUUAUUACACAAGGUGCUAGAAUCGACGCAGGUGACAAUUCUUACAGGCUCACCCCCUUGCAUUGCGCGGCUAGCAGGGGACAUUCGGAAAUGGUAGAGUUCCUACUUGAGAAUGGCGCCGACGGCAACGCAAUGGCUCGUGAUGGGAGCACGGCAUUACACCUAGCGACGCAAUACGGCCAACGAAAAGUCAUGAAGAUACUUCUCCACCACCCUGUCAAUGCUCAGGUAGCGAACCUCGAGGGAGCGACAAGUCUUCAACUAGCUGUGAAGACAGAAGCAGACGAAGCUACUGUUCCUCUGCUUAUAAAGAACAAAGUGGACGUGGACACACGCAAUAUUCGCACUGGCGACACCGCACUGCACCUUGCUAUAGAAUGGAGACGGCCGCGGAUCAUUCUGUAUCUGCUCGACAAAGGCGCUUCCAUCGACAUGACUAACGAAGACGGCUUCACCCCACUCCAGCUGGCUGUCAAAAGCGACAACUGCGAAGCGAUCUCCGUUCUCCUCCAGCGCCGUGCCAACAUCGAAGCACGCUCUCUAUCGGGCCUCACGGCGCUCCAGAUAGCCGCAUACGAAGAACACUGGAUAGCUUUUGACCUCCUCAUUAUUGGAGGCGCGGAUAUCAACGCGUGGAACAAAGAAGGGGAAUCGCUCAUCCACGAGCAAGCGCGCAAAGCAACAAGUCCCUCAAUCGCGUCUAAGCUCUUGGACCAGGGUGCCAAUAUUGAGGCCCUCACCGCAAAGGGCCUGACUCCGCUACAUUGUGCCGCAGUCGGUUCGAACAAAACAAUGUUCCUAUUCCUUAUUAGUCGCGGCGCAAAGCCAACAGCUCUAACCGCGAAGGGGGACUCCUUGUUACACAUCACUCUCCCUGUUCUGAAAGAGGGCUUCGAUAUUCUCAGACUUGCCCUCAACUACGGGAACAACGUAAAUACCGUCUCAAACGAAGGCUGGACGCCCCUUCACCAAGCAGUCUACGUUGGCACUGGCUCACCAGACCACGAGUUCCCCCAAAUAGCAGAAUACAUCCAGCUCCUUGUAAGCCGGGGUGCAGACAUAAACGCCCGCUUGCAAGCCCCCACAAACAACGGCGAGACACCCCUCCACCUUGCCGUCACCGCGAUCGUUACGCGACCCGACCUAGUGCAAUUACUUCUCCAAUCCGGCGCCGACAUGAACGCGCCCACGGCAGAUGGAAAGACGCCGCUACAUCUUGCUGCCGAACGAGGGCGCGAAGCGAUCUUCCGGAUACUGUAUGAUGCAGGUGCCGAUAUGUCUCUUGAGGCACCGGAUAGUGCGAAGGCAGACGAUGGGCAUGAUGGACAAGGCGUCGGGCAUACGGCGUUUGAUAUUGCGUUGAAGAACCCGUUCGCGCGGCAAUGGUUUGAGAGUGAUGGGAAGUUGAAGCCGGCUGUUAAUGAGCUAAAGAGAAAGGACAGUGUGGAGACACUUAUCGACGAGGAUGAGUUGAAUGGGGAGGUCGAACCCGUGACAGAACGCGAAGGUGCUGCGGCAACUGUUGGGAAUGGUAAGGGGGUUGACGCGGCAAUCGAGGCGGUUGAACGUCCGCAAGAGCCGCUGCCAUCAGACAACACAACCAACCCGGUAUUCGCGCCCCGGAAAUCAGGAUCAAGAAGUGGAAGCAUGAGCAGCAGCAUCCGCUCCCCGUCUGUCCUCAGUGGCAGCCCUGCGCACUUUAGAUCGAAUUCAAUUGGAGGCGUACUGUCGCCUGCAACAUACUCAGACUCGACUUCUAGUCUAUCGCAUCUGAGAAAAGUUAGCAGGGACGAAAAUAGAACCCGCAAGGACGAUCCGAGAACUUACAAGGGCGAAACGAGAUCCCGCAAGGAUGAGGCGAAAUCCCGCAAGAGAAGUAGGGGCUCAGGAGCGAGAGUCCGGGUUGAACUGGAGAAUCCAGUUUCUGUCCCCAGGUCGGGGUCAAACUCAGGAUCCGGCUCUGGGUCUCGGUCUGGUUCUGGCGAUGGGGACGAAGAGGCUCAAAAGUUGAACGAGAAGCGUUCGUCCAUUUCGCUUGUUCGGAAUGAAACGCCGUAUGUGAUUGUUUGA